UCCAGUCAUGGCAGGUGCAUCAGAGUACCCAAAAGCCCCAAAAUCUGACUCUGGUCUGCUCAGUAUUUCUCUCUGUUGUUUGGCUUCAAUAUUGCAUUUACUAAAGCUCAUUAGAUUGCUAUCUGAUCCAAGAUAAUUCAAACAAGUCACUAAUUUGAUUAUGAGAUUCACUAGCAACAUUCAAGCCCUUGAGAACUCUUCCCCAGGAUGCAGAACUAUAUGCUUGUACUCUGGUUGAAAAUUUGCCUUCACAUAUCUUCCCUACCAUCUUUCUGGUUUCACACACUGAAAGAACUGCUUUCCCCACCUCACCCAAAACAACUCAUCUUUCUAUUGUAUCCCCUAAAAAGUUACAUAAGGAGGGUAAGUAAGGAUCCCUUAAAACCUUAUACAGUCAGCCAUCACAAGCACAGUAGCGCCCUGAGGAAAGAAUGGAGUGACUCCCCAUGGUGUCUGGGGCAGUAACUGAGCCCCAGAUGGACCUCCUUUCUAUCCUUUUCACCUUUCUAAUGUGUUGUUUAAUAAAAUCUCUUGAUAACAUAUAAAACAUUUGGGCUUCCAGGAAUUAAACCACAAAUAACAAAGAGAAGCAGUAAGAGUGUCCUGACCUUCCAAAGAGAAGUCACACUCUGUUUGGAACAGGAAGGAAUGUAGGAAGCGUACAUGUUGCACACAAGAACAGUCUCCAGGAAAGCACAAUUUUUAGAAGUUUUUUUAAACUGUCAAGUCAAAAUGAAAGUGCAACAGACUGCCAGAUGAGGGUGUGGUGUUUGAAGACAAAAUGCAAUGUGUCAGAGCAAUCCAGAUCACUUCACUGAGGCACAUCUCAAUUGCAGUACCUGCUACUCAUCUGCUGACAAAGAAGUGCCUAACUCCCACGGGACUGUUUGGCUGUUUGCAACAGGCACAAGCACAUCUGGGCCUGAGAAACAGCACGACCAGGAAAGAUAAAUGUGAACAGCUUUGCCACGGUCUUAGAUAUGAAUAACUCAACAGAUUACUGGACUGAGGAUGAGGAGGAUAAUCUCAACCCUUUUAUAGAUUACAAUACCUAUGAGCUUCUCUGUGAAAAGAGCGAUGUGAGAAAUUUCAGAAAAUUAUUCCUCCCAGUGUUCUAUGCAUUGGCUUUCACGGUUGGAGUGGCUGGAAACUCAUUAGUGGUUGCAAUUUAUGCCUACUGCAAGAAACCCAAGACCAAGACAGAUGUGUACAUCAUGCACCUCGCCAUUGCUGAUCUGCUCCUGCUCUUCACCCUCCCUUUUUGGGCUGCAAAUGCAGUGCAGGGAUGGGAACUUGGAAACCCAAUGUGCAAGCUCACUUCUUCUCUGUACACCAUGAAUUUCAGCUCCAGCAUGCUGUUCCUGGCCUGUAUCAGUGUGGAUAGAUACAGGGCCACUUCUGAAUCCCGGGGCUCUAGAAGAGUUGGCAAACACUGCAGUGUUACCUGCAUCUGUGUCUGGCUGGCUGCCGUUUUCCUCAGUAUCCCUGAGCUGAUAUUUAAUCAAGUCAAGAAACAAAAUGAGAGGAAUGAAUGCCUUCCUGUAUUUCCUAUGAACAUGGAAACACUCUUAAAAUCAACCAUUCAAAUCCUGGAAAUUAUCCUGGAAUUUCUGCUUCCUUUCCUAGUAAUGUUGAUCUGCUAUUCUGCUACUGCUCGGGCAAUCUUUAGGUCAGCAAAUGUUAAGAAGUCCAGGCCUUUCACGGUUCUGCUGGCAGUUGUGGCUACUUUCAUUGUCACCCAGCUACCCUACAACAUCGUGAAGCUGUGGCGCGCCAUAGACAUCAUCUACAUGUUGGUUACGGACUGCGGCGCCAGUAAAACCAUGGAUGUGGCGCUCCAGGUCACCAAGAGCAUCGCUCUGUUCCAUACCUGCCUCAACCCUCUCCUCUACACCUUUCUGGGCGCCUCUUUCAAAAUGCACAUCAUGAAAAUCGCAAAAAAUUAUGGGUACUGGAGAAGACAACAGCAGAAUGGAAGACCUGAAGAAAUUUCUAUGAAUUAUGAAGACCCUACUGAAGAAACAGUCAGUUUCACUAUAUAGGCUUCCAUAGCUUCCAUCAUCUUACAUAACCAAGGGAAUGGUUUGCUGAUUCCGGGGGGUAUUGUUUCUGCAGCUGUUUCUCUGCAAGUAAACUUUCACAUGAAUUUCUGAACCUGCCAAGACACUACAGAGCACUUCAAAGUGGAAUGUGUUUAUCAGACUCAAGCAAGAACUGAAUACUGAAACCUCUAGAAACAAACUGAGAUACUUAUUAUACAACAACAUCAAGGAGCACAAACAAAAAAAAAAACCCACCACAACAAAACCCAAACACCUAAAAACACCCCCAAGAUUUAAAUUUUGAAGUUUCACAGUACUAGGCAAUUAAGUAACUGUGCAAUGAACAAUCUGUACACAUCUAAGCAUAUAAUUAAAAUGGAGGAAAGAACCAUCAGCAAUCAAACAACAGGAACCUUUGUACCAGAAGUUAAUAAUCUUGCGUUUCUCCAGCUAUUUUGUAAAACUUUAGAACAUUUGCCUAAUAGUUCAGUUCCAUUUCUCAAUUCAACUAUCAUUCCACAGAUAUCCUUGCAGAUGGAAAUUAAGUAUAAGCUUAUGGCUGAGAACUGAGAGGGAGAAAGAGGGGGGAAAAGUCAUUCUCUAUGUGUUUCUACAAAUGUAUAGAAGCAACAACAAUACCCCAGCAACUCCUUUUUUAUAACUACAGAAAAAAAUGACCUUUCAUCUCUUCUUUUCUGCUCACCCUAAACUUCAACAAGACCAGUGUUCUAAGGGUGACAUUCUAGAUUUUUAUAAAUGUAAUAAAACAUUCAGGUAAUUUUCAGACACAAGAGUUGGAAUUUCUAUUCAGAAUUAAAAUUAAUCAAGCAUUGCAAUCAAUGUAUCUGCGAUAACAUGUGAAGAUAGAAUAAAAUCAAAUAGAAAAAGUGCACUGGCUUUUUUUCUUAUCUUUAUUUUUGUUUUGUUUUAGUAGGUACUGACAUCUCUCAUCCUAGGCAAUUACCAACCAGCAAAGGAGAGGCCUUGCUUGACAGAACAGAAAGGUUCCCAUUCCAUAUGGAGCUCACAGAUUUACAGUUUUUACACAGAGAGCAGUCCUCUGCCACAGUGUUGGCAGGGAUUCCAGGAAAACAGCAGUUUUCCAUGAGUCAAACAUACUGACGUACUAGCUUAGCUUUCAAAAUGAAGAAGUGGUGUUACAGCAUACUGUCUUUGUCUUCAAAUACCCUGAGGGCUCUGAAAAAAAAUGUCUCAUCUACAGAUUAAGAAAGCCAACAAGAAUCUCUCAUUUUUAGAUAUUGUUUCUAGUUACACAGUUAUGGACUGGAACAAAAAGCUGUAAAAUGACAGACAAGAAACAACAGUAGCAUAAACAAGACAGGAGCCUCUUCUCCCUGCUUGGAUGACAAAAGCUUACAGAAUGUCUGCUCAGUGGUUUAAGAAAUGCUAGAGUGUGAACAGAUAAGUCAGAAGUGCAUGACCGGUUUUCUACACAUAGAUCAUAAAUCUGACAUAUGAAGCCAUACUGGAUUUACUGUACACAAGGCAGAGCAUAAUAAGAAACCCCACUUCACCCAUGAAGUAACUGACUCCUUGCAUGUGUGAUUUAUGACUUGUCUUCACAAAUACAGAGUGACAUUCUGACCAGGCUGUCAGGCUUCUGAAAUUCCCUCACAUCCAAGGUUUUAAGGAACCAAAAGUUUAAAAACUCCAACCAAAACCAAAACAAACAAAAACAAAACCACCUUCCCAGCCUGGCAGAGAGAGAGAGUGACUAAUACAGAGCUGAAUGAACAUGUUUCUCUAACUUCUUGGAAUUGCAGUGCCUUUUAUGCAUCUGUCUUUAUGCAAAUCUGACUGCCCUAAUUGCAUUUAUUAGAAAUAAGACAAACCAAAUCAUACUACUGUCUUAUGUUUACUCUCCUUUUCACAGUUCACAUAACUAAUUUAUGAACAGCAUUUUGUGUCUGUGACCCCCCAAAAUUUUCUCAUUACUUCUUCAGGGACUGCAGUGCUGGGAGACACUGACCCAGAGCAAAGUCUAAAUAGCCAGCAGUUGAGCAACACUCUUGGGUCAGGAGACAAGAUUCCAUGCCUCUUUUUGCUGCCAGUUUUGCAGGAGUAGAACAGAGAGAGAUAUCUAUCUUCUGGUGACUCCAGGUAUUGCACAAGCAUGUAUCAGUAGGUAGCUGUCACAAUCGUGUAUGUUAAUGAAACAUUCAAGUUUAACAACUUGGUUAAUUUACUUGGAUUCCAAACUCUCAGAGAAUGAUGACUUUCAAGUUGCUGUCACACGUUUCGGCAAAAAAGUAACCGUACUACAGUAUUAGGGACAACUGCCACUUAGAGUAAAAUGCAUUGAUUUUACUAGGAAUUAUAACAUAAAAGCUGUAAAAGUUAGUCCAAAAGCAUCACAGGAUACUUUAAAAGAAACCACAUUUUACUGUAGCUACAUGGUAUUCUCAAACCUCUCACAUAAGCUGCCAUAGACAGCUUCAUGAAAACAAAGCCAUAAAUGUGUAAGUUAACUGCUAAAAAGAGGUAAUGAUUAAAGAAAAUAGUAGCAUUCUCUCUGUGAACAAAAUUCAGAGAUUCCAAAAAGGGCCCAAAUCCCCAAACUGGAUUUGAAUCUUGGAUUGUAGUUCACAGAACAAAAUCUCACUCAAUUCAGUUGUUUUGCAUUCUACUGCCUUUACUCAAGAGAAGACAAAUUUUCAUCUCAGAAAUGGAGCAAAAACAAAUACUUUUGUUUUAACAGUUCUUGGAAAAAAUUCUAGCCUCAGCCAUUCUUGGUUAGGUUUCC